CAUUAUUUAGAGAUAAGCAGGCGAGCAGCUAUUCAGUUGUUUUUGGAAUGCAUAAAACCACGAACAGUACAGGCAGGAAAAUAUUUGAUGCAUCUUCUAUUAUCAAACAUAAUCAAUACAACAGUCGGACCUUUUCGAAUGACAUCGCUAUAAUCAAGUUCAAUGGAAAACUUCCUUUCGAUUUGAUUGAAACGUUUGCAUCACCGGCAUGUCUUCCAAGCAGAGACUAUCUUGACAAUGAAAAUGCCGUCGUAUCUGGAUGGGGAACUACAAGUGAAGGUGGAUCAUCUUCAUCGACGCUAAAGUAUGUCUGGAAAACAGCCAUGAGCAAAAUCCGAUGUGAACAAACAAACAAUGGAGGUCAUUUAGACAAAACCAUGAUGUGUGCUGAAGAAGCCGGCAAAGACGCUUGUCAGGGAGAUUCCGGUGGACCACUUGUCGCCAAUAGAAAUAAUGCAUGGGAACUUGUAGGUGUUGUCAGCUGGGGAUUUGGCUGCGCAAGAGAAAACAGCCCUGGAGUUUAUGCAGAUGCUUGGUACUUUAGCAGCUGGUUGGCGCAAAAUUUGUAACUUAAUUAAUUAGUGUUGUUUGUUAUGGUUUUGAGAUGGAAAUUUUGUUAUUUGUUAUACUUCAAAUCUGUAUCUCUGAAUAAAGUUAAAAUAAAGUUUUAA